UCUCGGCCGGCCCCCAAACGACGAAAUUUACCAAAUCUGCUCCCUCCCCACAGCUCCCCGAGAAAAUUCGCGCUUCUCCCGGCGGCGAGCCGGCGAACCGACGCCUCCGACUUCGUCCCAUCUCCCUCUUCCCCUUCCCCACUUCGCAGCGGCGUAGCGAGCCCACCGCGGCUUGCCCACUUCCUCUACCCGCUUUCUCCGAGUCUGCACAAGCACAAAUCCUAGCCCCCCACCCCUUGGGCUGGCCUAAACUGGUGUGAUCCCUCCGGACCUCUCCAGGAUCGACUCUGUUUUGCCGGUAAGGAGCUUAUCCAACAACGUGACUGUGUGAGCUUAUUCAACAGCGUGACUGUGUGAGCUUAUUCAACAACGUGACUGUGUGAGCUUAUUCAUGUUUGGUCCGGCCUUAUUCACACUGUAUCCCAAUCCAAUUUGUUAUGUUUGUUUGUUAGUUGUUGUAUGUGAAAAUAUUUAGCCAACUAUAUCCUUUUUUUUCCUGCUACCCUGGGAACUAUGAUGAAUCUUCAUGGAGCAUAUAACUGAUUUUGUUAUCAUUUCUGCUAGUGCUAAUAAUCUUGGAUACAAAAAAUGGAAGGGCGUCCCUCAAAAGAAAUAUCAUCUGCUGAAGCUGUCUUCGUGGGAGCAUUGUCGUCUGGUGUUAAUGCUCCCACGUGGUUUGUGCUGAAGAUCACAUUUUUGCUCCUGGCCUUCUGUUUUACUGCAAUGCUUGCUCUAGCAUUUUCAUCGAAAAACUUUGUGAUUGUUGGGCAUGUUCUUCUGCUCGUGACUAUUGGCACAGUGCUAUUUGUUCUGCUUAACAGGUUUCUAGCAGAAGUUGGGCUUGUGCCUGUUGAACAACAGAUGCAGGAGAUGGGCAUCCACAAAACAGAAGCCACAGAUAGGGACAAAAGAAAGUAAACUGUGACAGAUUUUUAUUGAUAUGAGAAACAGCUUAACACCUUACAUCACUCGACAGUGUCAUUUUGCGAUGUAGAAUGUGUUUUCAGUUCAGAGUUCAGUCAGUACAAUUUUGCACAGAUGAUCAUAGCUCUUUGGACAUACUUCUUAAUGCAACCUCUUCCUAAUCUGAAGUGGAAUGGAUGUAGCAGCAGUGCAGCACACAUCAAGCCUGCUUUCCCUCUUCCUUCGGUUUGCUCUUCUUCUUCUUGAUGUAGCAGAAGCAUGAGCAGCAGGGGAACUGAAACAAGAACUUCAUUGUCAGAUAAAUCACCAAUACUUUGUUUGGAGAAAUGUUUUGUGGAAGGGAUUUGCAUGCAAUGCAACCCUUAAAUAUACAGCUUGGAUGCGUUGCCUUAUCAAUCUGACAUUAGAAUUUGUGGUCCAAAUGUCUUCGGCUUGAAGUUUGUACCACCUCUGAUACUUUCUUUUGUUUGUGAUCUUAACGUAAUGUCAUCACGUUAAACUGUUAGUGAGCAGAGGAUAUUUUCACAGCAAGUAAUUAUCGUUCCUUUGGCUGAUUCUUGUAUUAAGCUGUAUUACGUGUGAUGUCUAAAUCCCUAAACCAGAUUCAAAAGUCAGGAGGGUUUCUUAUUCUUGGAAGCUUGUUUGUAAAGGUAGGAAAGCCUUCCGUCGCCCAUGAUGGAAGGCAUAUUCUUUACUUUUAGUCUUUUGGAUUCGGAGGGCAAGUGCAUACGUGCAACUUCUGAAACAAAUUGUUUAAGUACACAUUUCUUUUGGGUUGUCAUAUAAACUCUAUUUAAAAUAGUCUUCUUUCA